UUAGUAUAUUCGCGAUGGAUCCCACACAAGUACCAAAUCUUUAUAAACAGCAGCGAGGUCCACCAAAGAUUAAAAACAAAAAUCCAGCGCCAAUUCAAAUCACAGCUGAACAAAUUCUACGAGAGGCAAAGGAACGACAAGAAACUGCGAAACAAGCGCCACGACAAAGAAUAUCUGACUUAGAAGAACUCUCCGAGUAUCGUCUAAGGAAACGCAAGGAAUUUGAGGAUACAAUUCGUAGAAAUAGGCUAAACGUCGGUAGCUGGUUGAAAUAUGCAGCCUGGGAAGAGAGUCAAAAGGAAUUAGAUAGAGCCCGUUCAAUCUAUGAACGCGCCCUGGAUGUAGACUCGCGAAAUGUCACGCUAUAUAUAAAGUAUUCUGAAAUGGAAAUGAAGAAUAGAAAUAUUAACCAUGCACGAAAUUUAUUUGAUCGAGCUGUCACGCUCCUUCCUAGGGUAGACCAAUUUUGGUAUAAAUAUACUUAUAUGGAAGAGAUGUUGGGAAAUGUUGCGGGAGCGCGUCAAAUAUUUGAGCGUUGGAUGCAAUGGGAACCAGAUGAGAACGCGUGGAACGCCUACAUCAAAAUGGAAAAAAGAUAUCAUGAAAUAGAUAGAGCAAGAGCCAUAUAUGAGCGAUUUGUCAAUGUGCAUCCCCAGGCAAAGAAUUGGCUAAAAUGGAUCAAGUUUGAAGAGGAGCAAAAUAAUCUGGAAAAAUGCCGUGAAAUUUUCAAUCAGGCAAUAGAGAUGUUGGGCGAAGAUCAUAUGGACCAAAAGAUUUUUAUUGCUUUUGCUAAAUUUGAAGCAAGAUUAAAAGAGUAUGAGAGAGCUCGUGUUAUAUACAAAUAUGCUUUGGAACGAUUACCGCGCUCAAAAUCCGAAGCUUUAUAUAACGCGUACACUCAUUUUGAAAAGCAGUAUGGUGAUAAAGAAGGCAUUGAAGAUGUGGUAGUAGGAAAGCGGCGGAUACAAUAUGAGGAGGCAUUAAAAACAAAUCCAAAAAACUAUGACAUAUGGUUCGACUAUGCCCGGCUUGAAGAAAACAGCGGAGAUGUCGAUAAAGUACGUGAGAUUUAUGAGCGCGCAAUAGCUCAGGAGCUUGUUACAAAGGAUUUUGAAAACACAAAACAAAUAUAUUUGGCAUGCCUAGAUCUGAUACCACACAAAAAGUUUACGUUUGCAAAGAUAUGGCUAAUGUAUGCUCAAUUUGAGGUGCGAAGGCUUGAUUUACAGACAGCGAGAUUGACUCUUGGCAAAGCUAUAGGGAUGUGUCCAAAGGAUAGAAUUUUUAAGGGAUAUAUAGAAUUGGAAUUACAACUCAGAGAAUUCGACCGCUGUCGAACACUAUACACAAAGUAUCUAGAGUAUAAUCCCGCAAAUUGUUACGCCUGGAUAAAAUUUGCAGAACUAGAGCGCAUGCUAGGUGACUAUGAUCGAUGUCGAGCGAUAUUCGAGCUUGGCGUGACUCAACCUGUUCUUGAUGUGCCAGAGACAUUAUGGAAAGCGUAUAUUGAUUUCGAAUUCACUGAAGAAGAGUUUGAAAAAACACGAAAGCUCUAUGAACGUCUCCUAAGCAAAACAGGCCACUAUAAAGUUUGGAUCAGCUUUGCUCAGUUUGAGUUGAACACUGGUGCUGAAGAUGCAGAAGGUGAUCGCGAGGAAUCUGUAAAAAGAGCAAGAAAGGUAUUUGAGGAUGCGUACAAAUCAAUGAAGGAAAAAGAAUUAAAAGAGGAACGAGUGUUACUACUCGAAUCGUGGAAAGACUUCGAAAAAAAUCAUGGCACCCAAGAGACAUUAUCUGCCGUCGAAAGCAAAAUGCCCAAAGUUGUCAAGAAACGGAGAAAAUUGGAUGAAAGCGAAGGACAAGCUGGCGUUGUAUGGGAAGAGUACUUUGAUUAUAUCUUUCCAGAUGAUCAGACACAGCAACCGAAUUUCAAGUUCUUGGCUAUGGCACAUGCUUGGAGACAACAGCAGCAACAAAAACAAGCUUCGCAGCAAGAAACUCAAUCAAGUGCAAUUGUUAAGUCUUCUGAACAAUUUCGUAAAAGGAAUUAG